AUGGCUGCUGCAGCAGCGCCUACGGCUAAUCCUUUAGCUGCAUUGGCACCGGCUGCGGCUACGACAGAACCAGCCGGAUUCUGCCUUUUCGCGUAUAAUUUGAGCCCUGACACCGAGGAUAGCCUUCUUUGGCAACUUUUCGGCCCAUUCGGAGCUGUGCUCAGUGUAAAGGUAAUUUUUAAUUCAUAUAUUCCUUGGAACUAUUAG